AUGGCCAUGCUCCCUCUGUCGAGAUGUCAUGCCUGCUCACUGACAUCACAGCUCGAGCUGCUGGCUCUGGGCGGACCGAGGACGGCGGCAGUGAAGCAGCAGAGACGAGCCUCCUCAGCCUCCACUUCACGGUCUGAUCGACCUCGUCCUGCUGCAAGAGUCCAGCCUCAAGCGAGCACAAGCACGACCCGGUCACAGUCAUCGCUCGUGAGUGAUCUGGCAGGGUCGAGCAGUACGACAGGUCGAUCAAGGCGAUCGCCUGCAGCAAAUGUGCGAGCUCCUCUGGGGAGACUGUACAUGCCGAGCACACAAGAGGUCGUCGACGGCCUAGCACACGCUUGUCUGCCUCUCCGACUCGUUCCCCAAAGCAUAGGCACAGCAGACCGGGUGGAGUUGCUCAUGCUGAGGAUAGUGACCCACAAGAGCGCGGCCGGCUCAACAGGCAAUCAUAACGGUCGUCUCGCAUUUCUAGGACGGAGAUUGCUGAGAGGCUACACCUCCAUUUUUCUCCAUCAGCACGCGACCCUCUUGCCCGCUCAGCUCAAUGGCGAUCAUCUCGACAAGCUGCUCAAUCAGUACGCUCUGGGCAAUACGGACGGUCCCGCCAAGCGUCUCUCGCUCGAGAAGAUCAUGAGAUGGCGAUCUGUCGUCGAUCCGCAGGGACUCGAGACGGGUCUGUUCAAGUGCAGGGGCAUGGCUCUCGAGGCGCUCUUAGGCGCUAUCUUCUUACAGCUGGGCGCCUUUGAGAGUUUGCGCUUCUACUCGCUCAAGAUUUUGCCCUUCUUGGCGCUACCGCCUCAGCUCCGAGCAGCCUCGUCCUCAGCCUCCCAGGACCUGUCCCUCUUUGUCUCACCGCGGCCAAUGCCAAGCAUGAGCAGUCCGGCCGAUCUGACAGGGCCAGUCACGAGUGGAUCUGCCACGACAUCUGCGCAGAUAGAUUGA